AUGGAUGCCAAGGACAUUUUGGGCUUGCCCAAAACCGCGCAUCCCUUAUCCCAGGAGAAGAAAUCUCGGCCCCCGAAGGAAUCUCAGCGAAAACCAGAUGGCAUUUCGCGCGAGGUGUAUGCGCUUAUAGGUGGCGUGCCACCUCUUAUGCCUGCAGUGGAGACAUCGCAGCUGAAAAAACGGCCACCAACCGAUGAGAAGAUCACUUGGCAGUGGCUUCCGUUUACAAGUACUGCUCGGAAAGAUAAUUUACAGCUUUACCACUGGGUUAGAGUUGUAAAUGGUGUCCCACCUACAGGUGACUACUCCUUUGCCAAGUAUAACAAGUCCGUGGAUGUUGUCAAAUACACAGAUGAUGAGUAUGAGAAGUAUUUGACUGAUCCUAUUUGGACGAAGGAGGAGACGGAUCAAUUGUUUGACAUGUGUCAGCGGUUUGAUCUCCGCUUCAUUGUGAUAGCAGACAGGUUCCCGUCAUCUCGUACUGUGGAGGAAUUGAAGGAUCGCUAUUACAGUGUAUCUCGAGCUAUAUUAAUGGCUAGAGCGGCAUCCCCUGCAGAUGUUUCAGGGCAUCCUAUUGUUAAGGAACCUUAUAAAGUUGCACAAGAGAGAGAGCGCAAGCGAGCACUAUCCAUGGUCCUAUCUCAAACAAAGCACCAAGAGAGAAAAGAUGCUGAGGUUCUUGCUGAAGCCAAAAGAAUAGCUGAGGCACGCAUGGUUGCUAGGAGUGCUAAAGAGUUGGAGUUGCCUGUCACAUUGAAUGAUGGCCUUGAAAAUAAUGAGAGGGCUCUCGUUCCUGGCGAGACUGUAUCACCUUCAUCCAACUCUCAGUUCCCCUCUGGAACAGUUGCACCUUCAACUUUGAUGGCAGAGAAUGCCUCUACUUUAGGUUCUCUCAAAAUGCUCCGGGUGUAUCUUAGAACAUAUGCGCUUGACCAAAUGAUCCAAGCCGCAAGCUCAUCUGCUGGACUUCGGACUAUCAAGCGGGUUGAGCAAAGUUUGCAAGAACUUGGGGUUAAUUUAAAGCCAAGAGUUCCAACUAAAGCUGUUUGUUCACAUCAUCUUGAAUUAAGAAAAGAAAUACUGACGCUACUGAAUCUUCAGAAACAGUUACAAUAUAAGGAGGCAGAAGGCUCAUCUUAUCGUGAUAGUCCGUACGAAACCCCAGGCACACCCAAGGAUCGCACAUUUGUUCCGGACUCGAUGAGUUUCGGAGGGGAAAGAGUUGUUAAACGAGAUCAGAAACGAAAGGCCCCUGGCAGGGCAGAAGCUCCUUCAUCACCUGCUCAGUCUAAAAGGCCUAGAAAGUUAAAGGCAUCGGAUCUCUUGUCCGACAUGAAGCCAUUAGCAGUGAUUGGCGAUGCAGAUUCACAGAUUCCUCUAUGA